AUCCCUCAGAAUCAAAUCGCUGUCCUCAUAAUCGCAGUUGAAUGUAUGGACGAACAGCAAAACAUUUUCUUCUUCCGUUCUUUUCGAAAGCACAGAUUCCCCUCUGAGUAACAGACACGUCUGUGCCAUUACAUAUACAGAUAAUUCCUGUGCUGCCGCGCGUUCCUAUUCCUUUCACGCUCAGCAUACACGAAUUCAAUUGUUACCAAAACCCCCAUUUUGUCUUUCUUCCCAUCUUUAAACCAUUUCAUUCCUAGACUAACCAUAAGAGGAAAACUAUACAGCUGCGUCCCUUUGACAAUAUGAUAGAAAAUAGAGGCCUGUCAUGCCUAAUUGUGGGUAAUUAUUGCCACGACGUUUUGAUUAAAGACGGCACCGUGAUAGGAAAGUCACUGGGUGGCGCCGCCUCCUUUAUCUCCGGUGUCCUUGAUGGGUUUUCCAUCUCCUCCACUUACGUCUCUAAGGUGGGUAUCGAUUUUUCCUACCCUGUCAUCCACCAGCCAUUAAUUUGUCCCUCAUCAAAAACCACCAUUUUUCAUGCCCAUUUUUCCUCUGAAAUCAAGCGGAAGGAUCGGGUCCUGAAACGGGUCUGUACCUGCGACCCGAUAACUCCUGAUGAUCUCCCAAACUCACAUUUCAGCUUCGGGUUGGCCGUCGGUGUGGGCGGGGAAAUCUUGCCGGAAACAUUAGAAAAAAUGCUUGGUAUUUGUGAUAUAGUAUUUGUGGACAUCCAGGCUUUGAUUCGGGUUUUUGAUUCGGUCGAUGGAACUGUGAUGCUUGUUGAUUUGCGAGAAACCGGGUUCUAUCGAUUGCUCCCUCGGAUUAGGUUCUUGAAGGCGUCGGCAGAUGAGGCGCCUUACGUGGAUAUAGAGGAGGUGAGGAAGUAUUGUUGCGUGGUGGUAACCAAUGGGAAGGAAGGGUGCACGUUGUAUGAGAAGGACAAGGCGCAGCAGAUUGCUCCUUUUCCAACUAUUCAGGUUGAUCCCACGGGUGCUGGCGAUAGUUUCCUUGGAGGGCUUGUUGCGGGGCUUGUGCAGGGGUUGGGAGUGCCUGAGGCUGCAUUGUUGGGGAACUUUUUGGGGUCGCUUACAGUUGGGGAUAUCGGGCUCCCCAAGUUCGAUUUGAAGUUAUUGCAGAGAGUCAAGGAUGAAGUGCAGCAGAGGCUGUUGCAAUGCACUAGAUGUCCUGAACCCGAAAAUGGUGAAUUGAUGUUUAUGAAGUCAUUUGAUCACGAGCAAUUCCAUGUAGCACUUGGUGCAGCUAAAUUAACCUGCACUCAUCCCAUCCAAGAAUGUCCUCGGGACUUGCCACGUUUGCAUGCUGCAGAACAGUCUAUCCACAGCCAGUGCAGCGGUCGACAAAAAUCAUUAUCGAGCACCUUCUAUGAAGAAGUGAUUAAAUCUUCGGAUGAUAUACUUGGGCAAAAUUGAAAACAUCUCAUCCAUCCCUUCCUGAAAAGGGGAGAAAACAAGAAAUAGGAGCCCGGAAGCCUUCCAUUUUCCUUUGAUUAAAAUUAAAAUAAAGCUAGAUUUAAAAUCGGAGUCUCUGCUGGUUGAUAUUCUGUACAACUUAGUUGAAAAUACAAUACAAGUUCUUAACAGUUUUGCAGCAGAGACUGCAAGUUUUGGCUGUAGGCUUGCAUUUAGAGGGGACAAUCUCAUUUCUCUCAACUGAAAUAAUGGAUGCGUUGCAAUUUGCAAGAAAGAGUCAAUGAGAAAAUGAUACGGUUCUGUUUUGUUGUUACCUUUUUUCAUAGGUUAUUAUUAUUGAGUUA